AUGACGUCAUCCACCACCGCUGCCCCCUUUUCCCUCACCAAACACCUCCUCUCCCUCGAACCAGAGGAAUUCAAAGCCGCGACUGAACACCCCUUUUUGCUCGCUGCAGCAAAGGGGACGCUCCCCAAAGAUGUGCUGAGUCAUUGGCUGGUGAAUGACCGGUUGUAUAUCCAUGCUUAUAUCCGAGCUGCGGGACAGCUGCUCGCUAGUCUGGAGCUGCCGAAGCAUUUACCUGGGGUUGAACAGCCGGGGGAAGAGGAUGAGGCGUUCGAAGUUAGACUGGUGGAUUGGCUGAUUGAGGCUUUGGUUGCGGUGAGGAGGGAGGAGAGGAUGUUUCUUGAGGUUGGGGGGAGGUAUGAAUUGGUGGAUUUUGUGGGAGUGAACUCGAGGGAGGUGGGGAGGGUGAAGGGGUUGGGGGUUAUUGAAGGGUUGUUUAGGGAUGUUGGAAGGAAGGAGAAGGGGAAGGGGUUGGGGUCUUGGUUGUUGAGGGCAGGGGGAGGAGAAUUGCCGGUGAGUGAGAAGAUUCCUUGGUUGGAGGGGGCGGUGACGUUUUGGGGGACGGAGAGAGUUUAUCUUGAGGCUUGGAGCUGGGCGAGGGGCCAGCAGGAGGAGAGGCCUAAUGGCAAGGAGGAUGAGGAUGGUGGGGCGUUGAGGAGGGAGUUUAUUCCUAAUUGGAGUAGUGAUGAGUUUAGGGGGUUUGUGGAGAGGUUGGGGGUGUUGAUUGAUCAGGCUGUGGAGAGGGAGAUUGGGAUGGUGGGUGAGGAUGGGCAGAAACAGGAGGAAGUGAAGAAAGAAAUCUUGGGGAGGGUGGAAGGGAAGUGGAGGACCUUGUUGGAGGGGGAGAAGGGGUUUUGGCCGGAUGUGUGA